ACUCUGAUCCCUCUCCGUCCAGAGUAGAGAUUUCCCAUCCAGCUGCCAUAGCGCUGCAACACAGGGACCGAGGGAGAAGCCAGGAGAGGCAGGAAGAAUUGGCAGAGAAGCAAUAGAGAAGAUAAGGAGGCUGAGCCACCGAGGGGGCCGGGAAGGAGGGAACCGUCCUGAGAUCCGUGCGCGCUGCCCCGCCCCUCCAUGCAGUUCCCCAUGGGCCCCGCGUGCAUCUUUCUGAGGAAGGGCAUCGCGGAGAAACAGCGGGAACGACCACUGGGGCCAGAUGAGAUCGAAGAGCUUCGGGAGGCAUUUCUUGAGUUCGACAAGGACCGAGAUGGGUUCAUCUCUUGUAAGGAUCUGGGGAAUCUCAUGAGGACAAUGGGGUACAUGCCCACGGAGAUGGAACUGACUGAAUUGGGCCAGCAAAUCUGCAUGAACUUGGGGGGCCGUGUGGACUUCGACGACUUUGUGGAGCUGAUGACCCCCAAACUGCUGGCAGAAACGGCUGGGAUGAUCGGCGUCCGGGAGAUGCGAGACGCCUUUAAGGAAUUUGACACCAACGGCGAUGGGGAGAUCACCCUGCGGGAGCUGCAGCAGGCCAUGCAGAGGCUGCUGGGGGAGCAGCUCACGCCCCGGGAGAUCUCCGAGGUUGUCCGGGAGGCCGAUGUGAAUGGAGACGGCACUGUCAACUUUGAAGAGUUUGUGAAGAUGAUGUCUCGCUGAGGAGGUUCGGAACCCCAGUCUCUCCCCACCUGGUGGAUCAAGCGAUUGCGGAGGACUGAACCCCUUACAGGGGGGAGGGGUGUGGGGACUGGAGUGAGGUGAGGCUGACAGAGAGAGCUUUGCUGGGGGCGGGGGGCAUGACAUCUCUAGAAAGAGAUUAAGGAGGAAGAAUCUACAUAUGGAAAUGUGAAUGGGACUGGGGUCCACUUGCUGCUCCAAAAAUUCACAGCAUCUUUUGACUCCAAGUAAUCCUAAAUCCCUAUGACCUGUCCAUCUCUUCCCCAGCUUCCUCUUGUGUUAAAAUAGUCUACUCUAUUAGAUUCAAAAGUUCAUCAGCCCUGGCUGGUGUGGAUCAGUGGAUUGAGU